AAUAGUUUUCUGAUGAACUAUCCAGUACUGUAACCUUGUCUAUAGUUAUAGCAGGUGGCAAUAAGCCUCAAAGUUGAAACAAAACCAGCUGAUGAUCCUAGCAAGAGCAUUACAAUUUGACUAUGACUAUGGAUGACCUAAUGACAAAUAAAUCCGGCAAAGCCAUUUGUUUUUUUUUUUUACUGCUCUGUCUACUUUUAAUCUCUACUGAUUCAGUUGUGACCAACUGGCCGGGAUCCAAAUUCGAUAGAUUUAAGGCUCCCCCUACUAAUUAGUAUGGCACAAGAACUCCAAAUGGAAACGAAAUAAGUUUGUAGGUUUCCUGAUAUUAAGAGGAGAAGGUUCUGACAUCUAGAACUUUCUUUUCUCACAAUUAGCUUUAUCUUUCAUAACAGGAGAAGGACUAGGAAUCCAACUUAACUAAGGAAAACCGAAACUUUUCCUCUCCUCACCAGAAACGGACUUGCCCUCACGCCUCUCCUAUAAAUAUCCCCGUUCCCAACUAAAAGCCUCAUAACGCACACAAUUUCUUUUGCUUCUAAUCGAUUAACAAACUCACAAUGACGAACCAACGUGAAGGAACAAAUAAGCGGGACUUCAGCACCGCGAUUCUGGACCGCAAGAAGGCUCCAAAUCGCCUUGUUGUCGAUGAAGCAGUGGUGGAUGACAACUCCACCAUCCAACUCUGCCCGGAGACCAUGGAGAAGCUCCAGCUCUUUCGUGGCGACACAGUCUUGAUCAAGGGAAAGAAGCAUAGAGACACAAUCUGUAUUGCUCUUGCUGAUGACACCUGUGAAGAACCAAAGAUAAGGAUGAACAAGGUUGUGAGGAACAACCUUAGGGUUAGGCUUGGUGAUGUUGUUUCCAUUCACCAAUGCGCUGAUGUCAAGUAUGGAAACCGUGUCCACAUUCUUCCUAUAGAUGACACAAUCGAAGGGAUCACUGGAAAUCUGUUUGAUGCCUACUUGAAGCCUUAUUUCCAGGAAGCCUACCGCCCGGUGAGGAAAGGCGAUCUUUUCCUAGUGAGAGGAGGAAUGAGGAGUGUGGAGUUCAAGGUUGUUGAGACUGAUCCUCCUGAGUAUUGUGUGGUUGCUUCAGACACUGAAAUUUUCUGCGAGGGAGAACCUGUUAGAAGGGACGAUGAGGAAAGAUUAGAUGAGGUAGGGUAUGAUGAUAUUGGUGGAGUUAGGAAACAGAUGGCUCAGAUUCGCGAAUUGGUUGAGCUGCCUCUGAGGCAUCCUCAGCUGUUUAAAUCAAUAGGUGUCAAACCACCAAAGGGUAUUCUGCUCUAUGGUCCUCCUGGAACUGGAAAGACUCUAAUUGCAAGAGCUGUUGCUAAUGAAACUGGGGCCUUCUUUUUCUGUAUCAAUGGACCAGAAAUCAUGUCCAAGAUGGCUGGAGAGAGUGAGAGCAACCUCAGGAAAGCUUUUGAGGAAGCAGAGAAGAAUGCACCAUCAAUCAUAUUUAUUGAUGAGAUUGAUUCCAUUGCUCCCAAGAGAGAGAAGACUAAUGGAGAAAUUGAGAGGAGGAUUGUUUCCCAGCUCUUGACACUUAUGGAUGGACUAAAGUCCCGAGCACAUGUAAUUGUAAUGGCGGCUACUAAUCGUCCAAACAGUAUUGACCCGGCUCUUAGAAGGUUUGGAAGAUUUGAUAGGGAAAUAGAUAUUGGUGUUCCAGAUGAAGUUGGGCGCCUUGAGGUCCUCCACAUUCAUACCAAGAACAUGAAGCUUGCUGAAGAUGUCGAUUUAGAAAGGGUUGCCAAGGACACUCACGGUUAUGUUGGGGCUGAUCUAGCUGCUUUAUCAACUGAGGCUGCACUUCAAUGCAUCCGAGAAAAGAUGGAUGUGAUUGACUUGGAAGAUGAGACAAUAGAUGCUGAGGUACUUAACUCAAUGGCGGUUACAAAUGAGCACUUCCAAACUGCUCUUGGAACAAGCAACCCAUCUGCUCUUCGUGAGACGGUUGUUGAAGUGCCCAAUGUCACUUGGGAUGCAAUUGGAGGUCUGGAAAAUGUUAAGAGAGAACUUCAAGAGACUGUUCAAUAUCCUGUUGAGCACCCGGAGAAAUUUGAGAAAUUCGGAAUGUCACCCUCAAAGGGAGUUCUUUUCUAUGGCCCUCCUGGAUGCGGUAAAACUCUUCUGGCCAAGGCUAUUGCCAAUGAGUGUCAGGCAAACUUCAUCAGUAUCAAGGGACCUGAAUUGCUAACCAUGUGGUUUGGAGAGAGUGAGGCCAAUGUCAGGGAAAUAUUUGACAAGGCUCGUGCAUCGGCUCCAUGUGUCCUCUUCUUCGAUGAGCUUGAUUCCAUUGCUACUAAAAGAGGUAGUAGUGCAGGUGAUUCUGGAGGUGCUGAUAGGGUUUUGAACCAACUCCUUACAGAAAUGGAUGGAGUGUCUGCCAAGAAAACUGUGUUCAUUAUUGGGGCAACCAACAGACCUGACAUUAUAGACCCUGCACUUCUUCGACCAGGACGUCUGGAUCAGUUGCUUUACAUCCCUCUCCCUGAUGAGGAAUCUCGCUAUCAAAUAUUCAAGUCUUGCUUGAGGAAAUCUCCGGUUUCCAAAUAUGUGGACCUCAGUGCUCUUGCCAAGCACACACCAGGAUUUAGUGGUGCUGAUAUCACAGAAAUAUGCCAGCGUGCUUGCAAAUAUGCCAUUAGAGACAACAUUGAGAAAGAUAUCGAGAGGGAGAGGAGGAGAAGUGAGAAUCCUGAGAUUAUGGAAGAUGAUGAGAAUGAAGUAGCUGAGAUUACUGCAGCUCAUUUUGAGGAAUCGAUGAAGUAUGCUCGCAGGAGCGUCAGUGAUGCUGAUAUCCUCAAGUACCAGGCAUUUGCGACUACAUUGCACCAGGCAAGAGGGUUUGGAGCAGAUGAGUUCAGGUUUCCCAGUGGUUCGGGUGCUGCUAUUGGAUCUGAUCCUUUUGCAACUACUAACGCUGGUGAAGCUGAUGAAGAUCUUUAUGAUUAGUAUUUUACUUUGUUCUGUUGUUUGUCUUUUAAUUUUCAUGUUUGUUUUACGAUUAGUAUCUGUAAGUUCCUGACAAAUAAAUCUGUUAUCAGAUGUUAGAAUUUAGUGUAGUCUGGUAAAAGAAAAUUCAAAAGGUUUGUAAUUUCAACUCUGUUGUCUUCCACAUCAUACAUUUUCUUUUUUAAUAUUUAGUUAUUCUGCUUCUACUCAUCAACUGGGAAUGUGAAAAACUGGCUCAAGUUGUUGCAAUAGCAUGCUUAAAUUCUCAUGGCAAUGCUCAUCAUUCGAUUAUCUGCUUACUU